CCUUCUCUUUCUGCCGAGAUCGAUUCGUAAUAAACAAGAACGAGGGGGCCAUUGUCGCUCCCCUGCCCUGGUGGCCAAUAUCACUGUUACAACGAGCACCUACGAGAGAAGUUCCACCCCACUUCAGUUGGCAUCAAAGGGUACCUAAAUCUCAUGUAAAUUAUUUAUUUACUUAUUCUACUGGUGAGCUUGCUGUUUGUUGUCGAUUUCUUCUGCCACAUCUGCUGGAUCAAGUGCACGGUUUCUUUACUGAUGCCUGGAUCUAACAUCAGAAGAGCACAGCUGAUGGAUUGAGUGGCCUGGCAGCCAGGCAGCAUCACAGACCUGUCUCUAUGGCCAAUCCAUAACUCUGCGAACCACCAUACUGCAAGUGCACAGAAAACCAGUCUUCUAGUCCACCCAGCUUUUUGGCUGCAGCCAUGGCUAGCAAGCGGAAGUCAACCAUUCCUUGCAUGAUCCCGGUGAAGACCAUGCAUAUGAGGGAUGACGUUGAGCACGACCUGCCUUGCAUAGCGACUAAGGACAGUGCCUACGCAUCCCGAGAGGACUUGUACGGUCAGGGCUACCUUGACCUUGGCGAGCCUUCCAGGCACGACUCGGGUGACGCCCUGAAAGACGGGGGCACCUACACCUGUAGGCCGUGCAACUUCGAAACCCCGGACCUGAACCUGUUCCUGGAUCACGUCUACAGCGGCCACCCGGAGUUCCGGUCGGACCCGAGCUUCCACUGCGUGGACUGCGGGGUGACGGCGGCCAAGUUCGAGGGCCUGGCCCUCCACAACGCCCGCGUGCACCCCAGCACGGUCACCACCACGCUGCAGCUCAGGAAGCGCGAGCGCAAGGUCAUCGUGGAGCAGAGCCUCAUCCUCGGCCCCGGCGACAGCCUCCUCUCCCCCAAGUCGGACUCGGAGAUCUCCAUCACCAAGACGCCCAUCAUGAAGAUGCUGAGGGGCAAAUCGGAGCACAAGAGGAUCGUGGUGUCGCACUCCGGCACGGACGACUCGAGGCUGGAGGCCGGGGUGACCGUCGUCGCCGGCACCGGCAGGCCGAGCGAGAGGAAAGACCUGCCUUCUGUUACUGUUACGCACGUGCCCACCAUCGUCCACAACGGCUCGACGAGCAAAGUGACGUUACCAUCCGCCAUCCAGAUAGUCAACGGCUCCGGGGCUCUGCCCAUUCUCAAGACGGCCGUCACGCAGGUGGUGUCGGUGGUCCAGAACCGGAACCUCCACCAGCACUCCACGCCCAUCACCAUGUCCUCCUCGCCCUCCUCCUCCUCCUCCUCCAGCCACAGCUCCAAGAACCUGCCCAAGGUCAUGAUCCCUCUCAGCAGCAUUCCCACGUACAACGCCGCCAUGGACAACAGCAGUUUCCUCAAGACCUCCUUCAGCAAGUUCCCCUACCCGACGAAGGCCGAGCUCUGCUACCUGACCGUGGUCACCAAGUACCCCGAGGAGCAGAUCAAGAUCUGGUUCACGGCGCAGAGGCUGAAGCAAGGCAUCAGCUGGUCACCGGAGGAGAUCGAGGAGGCCCGCAGGAAGAUGUUCAACACCAUCAUUCAGACGGCGCCUCCGUCGGGCCAUCACCACCACACGACGGUGGGCCGACAGACCCACCACGGCACGGCCCAGCAGACCUUCACGGUCCUGCCCGCCUCGCUGGGCGCCGCCGGCCUCCCGCAAUUCCUCCAGGGCAGCCUGGUGAGCCAGGGAGGCGUGAUCGUCACGCAGCCCAUGAUGGCUAACGGCAUCCAGGUCACCAGCGCCCCCGUGGCCCUGGCGGUCACCCCCAAGCCACAGAGUGCCACCAAGCCCAUGAUGCAGGCCAGGCCUGCCGCCGCCCUGGUGGCCGAUAAGGGCGUCAGCAUGGUGGUGGGCACGGUGGGGAGCAGCAGCAGUCUCAACUACACCAUCUGCAGCAGCAGCAGCAGCAACGGAAGCGUCAGCAGCAGCAGCUCCAGUAACGCCAGCAGCUCCAGCAGCAUCAUCAGUAGCAGCAGCAGCAGCAGGUCCAACAGCAGGAACAGUGGCAGUCAGAUGAGUGUGAUUAGCACUGGUGUAGGCACCAUCAUCACCACCACCAUCAGCAACAACAACAGCAAUGGCAAAACUAGCAUCAUCAGCGGUAACAACAUUAACAGCAUCACAGCUAAAACCAAUAACGGCAACAAAAGCACUGAAAACGGCAAGAGCGCGGUGAACGGCAAAGGCACUGCACCCAGUGUCGCCAAUACUAAAACCAACCAGGAUGUCAAGAGUGGCAGCAAUGGUAAGGACAGCAGCAGCACUGUGAAAAAUACUAAUGACGGCAAAGCCUCCCCUGACAUAAAGACGAGCACUGACCGCAAAGCCAGUCCUGACGCCAAGAGUGACGGGAAGACAGACGGCAAGAGCAAUGGCACCAGCCUCACCACCGCCACCACCACCAACCCCACCACCACCACCAGUGCGAGCACCACUACCGCCAACACAAACAGCGCCAGUGCCACGGCUGCAAACACAGCCGCGUCCACAACCGUCACCACCACCCCCACCACCACCCGCACCCCCACCCCCACCCCCAGUGGCCACAGCAGCAGCAUCAGCAGCAGCAGUGGCAAGAAAGGAGAGACGCCGACUGCAGCUGCGGCAUCAUCACCCUCCGCCAGCGCGUCCACCACCCCCAACUCCCGCAGCCUCUCCAGCUUCCUGGACGCCAACUCCAAGCAGAACAAGAAGUCCCAGGAGCAGCUGUCGGCCCUGAAGCAGAGCUUCCUCAACAACCAGUUCCCCAACCAGGACGAGGUCAACCGCCUGACCAGUCUGACGGGCCUGUCGGUGCGCGAGGUUCGCAAGUGGUUCAGCGACCGCCGCUACCACUUCCGGAACCUCAAGGGGCCGCGCACGAGCACGGGAGGCCAAGCGUCGGGCGCAGACAAAACCGCCUCGCCCGGUCCCGCGUCUGGCCCCAGCGCCGGUUCGUCAGACACACCGGUGGUGUCCUCCGCAGAGCGACCCAAGACGCCCCCGCCGACCCCAACAAGCCCUCCUCCGCAGCAGCAGCAGCAGACCACGUCUCCCACCACUCCAUCACGGCGACCGCCUCGGCCCCCGUCCCCCGACUUCACGGCCAUCCGCUACAAGGAGCGCGAGCCCCACCAGCUGGUGGCCCUGGAGGCCAGCUUCCUGCUGGACCCCGAGCCGUCGUCCGAGGAGGUGGACCGGCUGAGGCAGGAGACCAAGAUGACGCGGCGCGAGAUCCACGGCUGGUUCGCCGAGCGGCGGAAACGGGCCGCGGCCGAGAAGAAGAAAGAGGAGGCGGAGAAGGCGCAGAAGGAGGAGAAGGAGGAGGCCGAGGCCUGCGCGGAGGAAGGGCUGCAGAAGAGCGAGCCUGUGAAGGAGGAGGUCAAGGAGGAGAAGAUGAGCAUCGACGAGCAUUCGGGUGGAGACGCUGCAUCAUCGCUGUCGUCAUCGCUGCAAGUCAAAGAGGAGAAACAGAAAGACGACGCUCCUAAGGUCAACCCCAUCAAGAUUAACCUGAAAAUGCUGAAAGUGACCGAGUCCAGCGGGAAAGAGGGCGAGGCCAAUCUGCCGGUCCAGGCUGACCAUCCCAAAACGGCCUCUCCGGCGCCUGCCCCGGCCACGUCGCCCAUCCCCGUCCCCUCGACCCCGUACCGCGGCAAGAAAACGGCCGACCAGCUCCACGCGCUGAAGCAGGCGUUCGCUCGCACGCAGUGGCCGGGCAGCCCGCAGUACGACGAGCUGAUGGCCCGGACGGGCCUGCCGAGACCCGAGGUGGUGCGCUGGUUCGGCGACUGCCGCUACGUGCUCAAGAACGGGCAGCUGAAGUGGCUGGAGAGCUACCAGACCAUGGUGGAGGAGGAGGACUACCAGAAGGCCAACCUGGACGUGCUGAAGGAGCACCUGGAGGCCCGCGGGGCGCUGGACGAGACCCAGGUGAAGGAGCUGGCCAAGGGCAGCGGCCUGACGGAGGACCUGGUCCGCCGGUGGUUCACCAACAGAGCUCCGUUGCUGCUGGCGGCCAAGAAGGAGGAGGAGGUGGUGGAGGAGGGCAGCGCUGGGACUGCAACUGCGACUGCGACUGCGACAGCGACAGCGGGGGAGGUGGAGAAGGAGAAGGUGAAGGUGAAGGAGGAGUCCAAGGUGGAUGGAGCUCCUGCUCCAGCAGCAGUGGCCCAGCAGGACCAAGGGAGUGUGAGCGAGGAGAAGAUGGAGCAGUCGCCACCUGCCAGCACCACCAGCACCACCACCACCACCGCCGCCACCACCGCCUCUUCCACUUCCUCCACCCACGACUCUGAGAAGACCAUGACUGCAGACGUGAAAUCAACAAAUCCAAAACAAGAAGUGGCCUGAGGAGGCGUGCGCCAGAGGCCUUGUGUGAGUGACUGAGCGCAAGAGAAAGUGUGUGUGUGUGUGUGUGUGUGUGUGUGUGUGUGUGUGUGUGUGUGUGUGUGUGUGUGUGUGUGUGUGUGUGUGUGUGCAUGUGCGUAUGCAUGUGCGUGUGUGAGGGAGAGAAAGUGAGAUCGCCCCGAGGGAUGUACAGUAUUGGUGGCCUUUACCGGGAGAGUGAGUGACUGUGUAUGUGUGUGUGUGUAUGUGUGUGCGUGUGUGCGUGUGUGUCAUGACAGCAGAUGUGAUUGUAAUGGGAUCGCUGGACAGACUCGGACCCACCCGGUUUAAGCCCCCCGGCCCACACCUUCCCCCCGGUCAACACCAGCCUCCAUACCCAUCUGAAUCUGGGGAGGGGUCUCCCCUCCGAUCCUGCUGCAGAGGAAGGGGGAGACACAGAGGGAACUGAGGCUUUGCGUUUGGGAUGGAGAGAGCAAAAGAGGGAAAGAAAGACAAAGAGAAAAAAAACAGAGGAAAGAAGAGAAGCAUUAUUUGGACUGUACAGAUGUGGACCAGAGAGGUUUACCUGUUGUGUUAAAGGAGUGUCUGUUUCUAGGAGACAUAGUUAUGGGGUACGUAAUGUCAACUGCACAGCUCUCAAUGAGCUUUUCUGUUUUGUGUUUUUUUGUUUUUUGUUUUUGUUUUUUAAAACCAUGACUGACAAAAGGGGCGCCAUGGACACAUGUAUCCAUAUUUCGUACGGUUUUAGCACUGGACUAUGGCACAUCCUUGAUGGUUACAUUUUUCUUGGAUUUUUCUUUUCAUAAGAAAAAUAAAACAUCUGUAAUAAUAAUAAAAAAAAAACAUCACGGCUGUUAAAAGUGUCAAAACCAGCUUAUCGGUUCAUAAAAAAAAUACUUAGGCUUGUAUAAUUUUUACAGAUAUUAUUUGCAGAAUAAAAAGGUUAACGUGAAA